AUGGAAUAUUUUAACGAUGAAAUAUUCUCUUUGUCAAGAAAACAGCUAGAUGCAAGCAAAGCGAACGUCAGGAAUUCUCGCAGAUCUGAAGCAGGCAUACAAACCGAAAAAUGCCUAAGAAGAAAUGUGCUGACACAUUUUCUGUCGCCUAAGCUAUACGCCGCGUCGUCACUCGUCGUGAUUUGUGCCCUAUUGCAGCUUUUCCAUUUAUGCCUGGAUAAUGGAGACAUAGGAAGCGGAUUAAAUUUCGGAUAUAUGGAGGGAAGAAAUUUAUCACAAAAUAAUGGGAGUAAUCGACCAGGAGACGGAGGUAGGAAUAGGGAAAGAAAGCAAAAGAGCAAGGAAACAUUUUUAAAUUUGCCUCAUGUGGAGGAAAAACAAGAAAGUGGUGGUUGUAGAUAUGAAGAAAUAGAAACGAUUUUAGGUGGGUCCCAUCAUUCCAAUGAAAAUCAUAAUACAACUUAUUAUGUUACAUUACCCGAAGAUCAAUCAAAAGAGGAAUCCGAAGAUCAAUCAAAAGAGGAAUCCGAAGAUGAAUCAAAAGAGGAGUCCGAAGAUGAAUUCAAAGAGGAGUCCGAAGAUGAAUCUAAAGAGCAGUCCGAAGAUGAAUCUAAAGAGCAGUCCGAAGAUGAAUCAAAAGAAGACUCCGAAGAUGAAUCGGAAGUGGAAUCAGAAGGAUCAGCUGCAGGAGUGUCUAGAGAAUCAGAGGAGCAUCCUGAAUAUUCUGAUGAAGAACAGGACCGUGAUGAAGAUGAUUAUGAGGAAAAUGAGAUGUUAAGUAGUGGAAAGGGCGUCUCUGGUUUUGGAGAGUCAAGGAAAGAGAACGAUCAAGAUUUUUUACGUUUAGACACUGAUGAAGCGUUUUCUGAGGAUUCAGAUACAGAUACUGAAUCGAGAGAAAUGUUAACAGAAGAAGAAUUAAAUAGAAGGAUUAAAGGAUUAAGGGGAAAUUUGGAUGAUGCUGAAAUGCUUUAUUUAUUGAAUAGCUUCCAAGAAAUUGAGAAGAAGAAAUUUCAAGUUAUGAUAAGACAUCUAUGGCAGUGGUGUGAAUUAUUAGCCUUUGAAUAUAAGAUUCCAGAAGAUCCUUUAUUAACGGAAUGGAAAAAAAUUGUUGAAAUUUCAUCGGAUGCACUAAUGAGGAAGACUGUUAGUGAUUAUAGAGAUUUUAAAAAGUUGGUUAAUGAGGGAUUGACGAAUAGUAUGGAUUUUGUUUACUUUCUGAAUUCUAAAAGGAAAACGUGGGACAUUUUUCGAUCCAAAACAGAAACUGUCUGGAAAAACAUUAUAGAUAACAAAUUUAGAAAUUAUUAUAAUUAA